CGAGAUGGUUUGUAGUGGUGGUGGGAAUGGUGGUGGUUUGGGGUGGUGUUGCAGAGGGAAUCGGUGUGAAUUGGGGAACGAUGAUGUCUCAACCUCUGUUUCCUGAAUUCGUGGUUAAGAUGCUCAAAGACAAUGGCAUCAAAGCGGUGAAGCUGUUUGAUGCAGAUCCUUGGGUUGUGAAUGCCUUAGCAGGGAGUGGAAUCGAAGUAAUGGUUGCCAUACCAAACAACGAGCUUGAGAGAUUCAGCAGCGAUUAUGACAAUGCCAAGGAUUGGGUUAAGGAAAAUGUUACUUCACAUUUGAAGGCUGAAGGCGGGGUUGAUAUAAGGUAUGUAGCUGUGGGGAAUGAACCCUUCUUGAGGAGUUACAAUGGAAGCAAUAUGAAGACCUUAUUUCCAGCCCUAAAGAACAUUCAAAAAGCUCUGAAUGAAGCUGGUGUUGGUCACAAGAUCAAAGCCACAGUCCCUUCCAAUGCCGAUGUUUAUGAAUCUUCUUCUACCAAGCCUUCCAAUGGCAAUUUCCGUAAAGACAUAAGAAAACUAAUGGUUGAUAUAGUCAAAUUCCUUCACACCCAUGAUGCACCUUUCUUAGUAAACAUUUACCCUUUCCUCAGUCUCUACCAAGACAAUCAUUUCCCUAUCGAAUAUGCUUUCAUGGAUGGAGGUGGUCAGGUUCACAAUGAUGGUGAUCGGGAAUACACUUCAGUGUUCGAUGCCAACUACGACACAUUGGUUUGGUCUUUAAAGCAAUCCGGCGUGCCGGACUUAAAAAUCGUUGUUGGAGAAAUCGGAUGGCCUACCGACGGCAACAUAUAUGCCAAUAUCAAGAAUGCCAAGAAAUUCUAUGAUGGAUUCUUCAGGAAAAGGGCAAGCGGUAAGGGUACACCAUUAAGACCGAAUGCUUAUAAGGAUGUUUACUUGUUUGGUUUGUUUGAUGAGAACACUAAGAGUAUAGCACCAGGAUCUUUUGAGAGGCAUUGGGGGAUUUUCCAGUAUGAUGGGAAACCUAAGUUUCCUAUGGAUUUCUCAGGGAAAGGAAAUGAUAAAAUGCCAAUUGCGGCAAAAGGUGUGGAGUAUCUAGACAAGCAAUGGUGUGUGUAUUCUGGUGGCCAAGAAAAAAUGAGGCUGGUGCCUGGUAACCUACAGUACGCUUGCGCCUUGGCGGAUUGUACACCGUUGGAGUAUGGUUCUUCAUGCAACCAUUUGGAUGAGGUUGGAAAUAUAUCUUAUGCUUAUAAUAUCUACUUUCAAAUGCAAGGACAAGAUGUGGAAGCUUGUAAAUUUCAAGGAACAGCAAAGAUCACUAAAACUAAUCUCUCUACAAAGAGUUGCCUCUUUCCAAUUCAAAUUGCUAGCUCUGGCCAUCGUAUGGAGAUGUUUUUGCCUUUUAUGUUGUUUUUCUUUUUUGUUACUCUUAUGUUUUGACUCUUUUUUAU